AUGUCACUUUUAUAUAAUAAAGGAUGUGAAGAUUCUGGAGAAUUUAUCAAAUGCCUUAUGAGUUUAUGUCCUAUAAAUCCAAAUAAAUUACAAUCAUCAUAUUGUACGGUUGAACCUAAGUUUGUUAUAACACAACGUCCUUUUAAUAAUGCUUUAAUUAACAUUUCAAAAAAUAUAUUUACAUACGAACAUUAUGGACCAGAUUAUAAGUCUAGUAUAACCAUUCUUUCAAAUGAAGAUAACGAUGGUAUUUUGAUUCUAUAUGAAUAUAAUCCAUGGUAUUUUAAAUAUCCAAAAGAAACUUAUUUAUGUCGUCUUAGAAAUAAGAACCAAAAGAUAUCAUUGUGCGAAUCCAUUAAUGUAAAUUAUAUAGGAAAAAGUAUUUCAUUUAAUUCAUAUGAUAUUAUUAAUAGAGACGAUAAGAAAAAUAAUCAAAUUAGUAUGAAACAUUUAAAAAAUCCUAAACAUA